GAAAUUAGUAAACAGUUGAGUAAAUAUUAAAAGACAAUUUAUAAUUAAGUGAGAAACAUAAUUCUGACUUUUGUGUCACACGGCAACACCUGUUUUUUAGGGAAUAUCAAAAACAAACCUUAUUAGACUGAAUAUACGCCCAAUCGGAAUACUAAAUUUACAAUUUUGAAUGAUUUACAACACAAUGGAACUGCAUCAACGACAUCUUUCCAAUUUCUACAAAUUGCACAAGUAAAAGCAGCCUAAGAGUUUACGGUAAUUAGGUACUCGAUUAGGGAUACCCAUUGAGCCAUCAAGGAUGCCCAAUAUGUCGAGCAUUAAGACGGAGCAAAGCGUUUCUCCAGGUGCCAGCGGCAGCUAUCAGCUGCCCGUUAACAUGUCCACGCCCACUGGGCGUCACAAUGUCUCUGUGACGAACAUCAAGUGCGAGCUGGACGAGCUGCCCACGCCGAAUGGGAAUCUGGUGCCGGUCAUCGCCAACUACAGUAAUCACAAUCACAAUCAUAGCAAUCACAAUAAUCACAACAAUCACAAUCAUGGCCUGCGCAUACCGCUGGGAGGGGGAGUCGGCGACGACGGCGACGGCGGCGACAACAACAAGGAGGAGGACGAAUCCGACUCGGACGCGGAGCUGGCCAACAUUGAGAAUCUGAAGGUGCGUAGGCGAGCGGCCGACAAGAACGGGCCACGUCCCAUGUCCUGGGAGGGCGAGCUGAGUGACGGCGAGACGAACGGCCAGGAGCCGCCCGACGAGGAGCUCAUGGAAACGGAGACGGUUGUGAAGAGCGAGUCGGGCAGUGCUGCCGGGGGCGUUGUCACGGCCAUCCUGCAGCCCAUCAAGACGGAGCUGGAGCACAUUGCCGGCGAGAUGCAGCAGCAACAGCAGGAGCAACAGCAGCUACAGCAGCAUCAGCAGCACCAGCAGCACCAGCAGCAGCAGCAGCAGCAACUGCAACAGCAACUGCAGAGCCACAAGCAGCAGCAGGGCUACAAGCUGAAGCUGGCGCCCACCCAGAGUGAUCCGAUUAAUCUGAAAUAUGAACCAGUUGCCACAUCCAAUUCGACAACGUCGCUCUGCGAUCGCAGCAAGUCGAGCAGCGGCGGCCACUUGCCGCUGCUGCCGGCCAAUCCCAGUCCCGACUCUGCCAUACAUUCCGUCUACACGCACAGCAGUCCGUCGCAGUCGCCGCUGACGUCACGGCACGCCCCCUACACGCCGUCGCUGAGCCGGAAUAACAGCGAUGCGUCGCACAGCAGCUGCUACAGCUACAGCUCCGAGUUCAGUCCCACCCACUCGCCGAUUCAGGCGCGUCACGCGCCGCCCGCCGGCUCCGCCCUGUUCCCGGGCCAUGCCAAUGGCGGCGUCGGCGCUGGAACACUGCAUCAUCACAGCGUGCUGUAUCCGCCAUUGAAUGUGGAUGCUGCCGCGCAGGAGGCGCAAAAUCUCAGCAUGGACGGCAACAGCAGCAGCAGCGCCCUGGACAGCUCGGCCACGCUGCCAGCCUCGCCGGCGGGCAUCUCGCGGCAGCAGCUCAUCAAUUCGCCCUGUCCGAUUUGCGGUGAUAAGAUCAGCGGCUUCCAUUACGGCAUCUUCUCCUGCGAGUCGUGCAAGGGCUUCUUCAAGCGCACCGUCCAGAAUCGCAAGAACUAUGUGUGCGUGCGCGGCGGCCCCUGCCAGGUGAGCAUCUCGACGCGCAAGAAGUGCCCGGCCUGCCGGUUCGAGAAGUGCCUGCAGAAGGGCAUGAAACUGGAGGCCAUACGCGAGGAUCGCACACGCGGCGGUCGCUCCACCUAUCAAUGCUCCUACACGCUGCCCAAUUCGAUGCUCAGUCCGCUGUUGAGUCCGGAUCAGGCGGCUGCCGCAGCGGCAGCUGCUGCCGUCGUCAGUCAGCAACAGCAGCAACAGCAACAGCAGCAGCAGCAACAGCAGCAGCACCACCAUCAACAGCAACAACAACAGCCACAUAAUCCACUCAAUGGCUUUGGCAGUGGGUCCAAUUCACUGCCCGCCAGUCCCAGUCUCGGCGCAUCCAUCAAAACGGAGCAAACAGAUACGCUCAGUCAUCAUGCCUUGUCACGAGCCUCAAGCAUUCCAGCCCUAUUGCAGGAAAUCAUGGAUGUGGAACAUCUCUGGCAAUAUACCGAUGCGGAAUUGGCGCGCAUCAAUCAGCCGCUGUCCUCGUUUGCAUCCGGCGGCUCCUCGUCGAGCGGCACCGGUGGCGGUUCAAGUUCCGCCGGACAGCACACAGCCAACGCACAACAGAUGACCAAUCCACUGCUGGCCAGUGCGGGUCUCUCGUCCAACGGCGAGAACGCCAAUCCCGAUCUGAUUGCCCAUCUCUGCAAUGUGGCCGAUCAUCGGCUCUACAAGAUCGUCAAAUGGUGCAAGAGUUUGCCGCUCUUCAAGAACAUCUCGAUCGACGAUCAGAUCUGCCUGCUCAUCAAUUCGUGGUGUGAACUGCUGCUCUUCUCCUGCUGUUUUCGUUCCAUUGACACGCCCGGCGAGAUCAAGAUGUCGCAGGGCCGCAAGAUAACGCUGGCACAGGCCAAAACAAAUGGCUUACAGGCCUGCAUAGAGCGCAUGCUGAAUCUGACGGAUCACUUGAGACGCCUGCGCGUUGAUCGUUAUGAAUAUGUUGCCAUGAAGGUGAUUGUGCUGCUGCAGUCCGAUACCACGGAGCUGCACGAGGCGGUCAAGGUGCGCGAGUGCCAGGAGAAGGCGCUGCAGGCUCUGCAGGCGUACACGCUGGCCCAUUAUCCCGAUACGCCGUCCAAGUUUGGGGAGCUGCUGCUGCGUAUACCCGAUCUGCAGCGCACGUGUCAGCUGGGCAAGGAGAUGCUGACGAUUAAGACGCGCGACGGUGCAGACUUCAAUUUGCUGAUGGAGCUGCUGCGCGGAGAGCAUUGACAAAUGCUCUAUAGGACCAUGGAACGCUAUCGAUGUCGCAGCUGGGCUUAAGGCAAAUGGACGAAAAAAACAACAACAAGAACAACAACAACAAA